AUAUCAGCUGCUUUUUCCAAAACACACAAGUGUCGUAUACACGGUUAUCAUAUCACCGGGCAACGAAGAAAUGUUGAAUUAAAAAAAACACUUGCAAAGGUUUUUAUUUUUAUCAGUAAAAUAGAAAAAAUACAUAACUUCCAAAAUUACUAUAUUUAUCAAUUUCAAUCGCGCACACAUAACCCCUAACGGGCAUAACAUCAUUCAAAUAAAAAAAAAACUAACCAAUCAUUACGAUUAACAACGAAGAAAGUAAUCAAUCGAAUUUUACCGAACAAUCCAAUCAAUUGAAACAAAGAAAAACACCUACUACGACUGCAGUAGUUGUUCCAUCAUCUCAUGCUACAUCAAAAACCAGCAGCAGCAAAAGCUGUUAUGAGAUGACGCUAACUCGGAAAAGAAUGAAACAAAUUGCAGCACUUUUAAUUAUACUAUUUGUAAUUUUUUAUAUAUUUAAAGCUCUUGCCACGCAACAAAGCCAACCCACCGAGAUAAACGAAGGUAAAAAGGUGUUUUCUGUCCCAAUUCCACAGAAAGCAUCUUCCGAUGAUAAUGAUAAGAAUAAUGACAACUCCGUCCUCAAUGGCGGGAUAAUUAAUUUUGAUCUUCUCGAACAACAACGCCAAGAAUUGAAAUACACUAAAAAUAAAUUGGCCAAGUUGGAAGAGAAAGUCAAAAUUUUAGAAGCAAGUAUCCCUCAAAAGUAUCCCAAUGUCAAGUAUUUGAAUUAUAAAACUAGGAAAAGAAUACUUAUUACAGGUGGGGCUGGUUUUGUUGGUUCCCAUUUAGUGGAUACUUUGAUGAUUGAGGGACAUGAAGUUAUUGUUGUGGAUAACUUCUUUACGGGACGUAAACGCAAUGUCGAACACUGGUUGGGUCAUGAGAAUUUCGAAAUGAUCCAUCACGACAUUGUGAAUCCACUUUUUAUUGAAGUUGAUGAGAUCUAUCAUUUGGCUAGUCCAGCCAGUCCGCCACACUAUAUGUACAAUCCCGUGAAGACCAUUAAGACAAAUACUAUGGGUACAAUUAAUGUCUUGGGAUUGGCAAAGCGAGUGACGGCAAAGGUUCUGAUUGCCAGCACUUCGGAGGUCUAUGGGGAUCCAACUGUUCAUCCCCAACCGGAGACCUAUUGGGGACAUGUUAAUCCAAUUGGACCACGGGCUUGUUACGAUGAGGGUAAACGAGUUUCGGAGACUCUGAGCUAUGCGUAUGCAAAGCAAGAGAAAGUUAAUGUUAGGGUGGCAAGAAUAUUCAACACUUAUGGUCCCCGUAUGCAUAUGAGUGAUGGACGAGUUGUGUCCAACUUUAUUAUACAAGCUCUUAAAAACGAAACAAUUACUGUCUAUGGAAAUGGGAAACAGACUAGAUCAUUCCAGUAUGUUUCGGAUUUGGUGGAUGGUUUAAUAGCCCUAAUGGCAUCAAACUACACCCAACCGGUUAAUAUUGGGAAUCCAGUUGAGCAUACAAUUGAGGAGUUUGCUGUUAUUAUAAAAGAAUUGGUUGGCGGGAAAAGUGAAAUUGGUCAGACAUCAGCUGUGGAAGAUGAUCCACAACGGCGUAAGCCUGAUAUAACACGAGCUAGAAAAUAUCUUAAAUGGGAACCUAAAAUUCCAUUGAAAGAAGGAUUACAUAGGACUAUAGAUUAUUUCCGUAAGGAAUUGGAGCGAUCUGAUCGUUUCCAAGAAAACAGCAAUCGUUAUUUUGAGUCUGAGAUGAAUCGUUAUCAUACUAAAGAAGAUUGAUACUAAUUAAUGUAGUUGCUAUAUUUUUUUUAA